AUGCAAUUUCAACUGACCUUUAUUCUACACCUUGGCUGGCUUACCUACUCAAAGACUCAUGAGGAAUGCAGCAGGGGUGCCUGCCGUCCUGCCCCUGGCAACCUCCUGGUGGGCCGUAGUGCACAGCUUACAGCGUCUUCUACAUGUGGGCUGAACGGAGCUCAGAAAUACUGCAUCCUCGGCUACCUGGAGGGGGAACAAAAAUGCUUCCUUUGUGACUCCCGUGCUCCGUACAAUCCCUACACUCAGCCCGAUAGCCACACCAUUGACAAUGUAAUUACAAGCUUUGAAGCACACAGAGAAAAGAAAUGGUGGCAGUCUGAGAACGGUCUUGAUCAUGUCAACAUCAGGCUGGACCUGGAGACCCUGUUCCAGUUCAGCCAUCUUAUACUGACCUUUAAGACCUUCCGACCUGCUGCAAUGUUGAUAGAACGUUCCACAGACUUCGGACACACCUGGAAAGUGCUCAAAUAUUUUGCAAAAGACUGUGCUGCCUCCUUUCCCAACGUCACAGCUGGCCAGGCCCAGGGAGUGGGAGACCUUGUUUGUGACUCCAGAUACUCAGACAUUGAACCUUCAACUGGGGGCGAGGUUGUUUUAAAAGUUUUGGAUCCCAGUUUUGAAAUAGAAGACCCUUACAGCCCCCAAAUCCAGGACCUUGUGACGUUAACAAACCUGAGGAUAAACUUCACCAAGCUCCAUACCCUCGGAGACACUUUUCUUGGAAGGCAGCAGAAUGAUUCGCUGGAUAAGUACUACUAUGCUCUGUAUGAGAUGGUGGUUCGGGGAAGCUGUUUCUGCAACGGCCACGCCAGUGAAUGCCACCCUAUCCAGAGGGUGCGGGGAGACACCUUCAGUCCUCCGGGGAUGGUUCAUGGUCACUGUGUCUGCCAGCACAAUACAGAAGGUCCCAACUGUGAGAGAUGCAAAGAGUUCUUCCAGGAUGCUCCUUGGAGGCGAGCCGUGGGCCGGCAGGACAGUACUUGCAGACCGUGCAACUGCAACGGCCACUCUGACCGCUGUCACUUCGACAUGGCUGUGUACCUGGCCAGUGGGGGCCUGAGUGGCGGGGUGUGUGAGGACUGCCAGCACCACACCGAGGGGCAGCACUGCGACCGAUGCAGACCCCUUUUCUACAGGGACCCCCUCAAGGCCAUCACGGAUCCUCACGCAUGCCUCCCUUGUGAAUGUGACCCUGAUGGGACCCUCUCUGGAGGCAUUUGUGUGAGCCACUCCGAUCCUGCCACAGGCACGGUGGCCGGCCAGUGUCUGUGUAAGGCGAACGCCCACGGAGCCAGCUGCGACCAGUGCAAACCCAACCACUUUGGACUAAGUGGCUCCAACCCCCUGGGCUGCCAGGCCUGCAACUGUCACCCCCUGGGCAGUCUGCCAUUCUCCACCUGUGAUGCGGAUACAGGCCAAUGCUUGUGCCAGGCCCAUGCCACCGGACCACGCUGUGAUGAGUGCUCUGUCGGAUACUGGGGCCUGGAGGACCAUCCCCAUGGGUGCUCUCCCUGUGACUGUGAUGUUGGAGGUGCUUAUUCUAACGUGUGCUCCCCCAAGGAUGGGCAGUGUGAAUGCCGCCCGCACAUCACUGGCCGCAGCUGCACAGAACCGGCCCCUGGCUACUUCUUCGCCCCUUUGAAUAUCUAUCUCUAUGAAGCAGAGGAAACCACAGCCCUCCAAGAACUGGCGCCCUCGGUCCCCAAGAGGAACUUGAAAUGCUCUGUUGGCAGCAGUAUGGAAUACGUACCGGGCCAAGGACAGGAAGUAGAGGAAAGCCAAGAGCUAUUGCAGCAACACAGGCAAAAAGGAACAAGAGGCAGCAUUCGAAUGGAGGCUGUGAUUGUGGACAGGAAGAUGAAAAAAGUGUCUGCUGUGCAUGUUGUUUUCCGAGAGCCGGUUCCUGGAAGCCCUGUGACAUGGACUGGACCUGGGUUCGCCAGGGUUCUCCCUGGGGCUGGCUUGAGAUUUACAGUCAACCACAUUGCUCUUCCCGGAGACUUCACCAUUGCUGUGCACUAUGAAGCUCAGUCUGCAGCUGACUGGACUGUCCAGAUCAUGGUCAACGCCCCCGAAGGGCACAAGCACUGCACACACAAGAUGCCACAGCAAGCUCCUCUGGCUUUUGCCUUACCAGCAGCUGCCAGGAUAAGGCUGCUUCCCACACCCAUCUGUUUAGAACCAGAUGUGCUGUAUUCUAUAGACCUCUACUUUUCUCAGCCAUUGGAAGGAGAGUCCCAAGCUCGUCCUCACAUCUUGGUUGAUUCGCUUGGCCUUAUUCCCCACCUCAGUUCACUGGAGGAUUUCUGCAGAAAGCAGGACAUGAAGGAGGAGGAGCUGUACAACUGUGUUGAAAUUGCCUCAGAAGUGGGACCUCAAGUGCUCCCUGAGGCGUGUGAACGGCUCAUCGUCAGCAUGUCCGCCCAGCUGCACAACGGGGCGGUAGCCUGCAGGUGCCACCCCCAGGGUGCUCUUGGGUCCAGCUGCAGCCGGCUGGGAGGCCAGUGUGAGUGUAAGCCUCAUGUGGUGGGACGCUGCUGUGAUAAGUGCUCGGCGGGAAGCUACAGUCUGGGGCCUCAUGGCUGUCAUGAAUGUCACUGCCAUCCUGAAGGCUCCAAGAACACAGUGUGUGACCAAAUAACUGGUCAGUGCCCCUGUCACGAAGAGGUGGCCGGUCGCCGUUGUGAUCGGUGCCUGGCUGGGUACUUUGGAUUUCCCAGGUGCCUCCCGUGCCCUUGCCAUGGGUUUGCUGAACUUUGCGAUGCAGACACGGGGUCAUGCUUGAACUGUGGAGGCUUUACAACCGGAAGGAACUGUGAAAGGUGCAUCGAUGGUUACUAUGGAAAUCCUUCUUUAGGACAGUCCUGUCGACCUUGCCCAUGUCCAGAUGUUCCCUCCAGCAGUCAAUAUUUCGCCCAUUCCUGCUACCAGAACCCUUGGAGCUCAGCUGUGACCUGCAAUUGUCUCCAAGGUUACGCGGGUGUUCAGUGUGGAGAAUGCGCUCCUGGUUUCUAUGGCAAUCCGAGAGUUUCAGGACAGCGCUGCCGGCCGUGUGAGUGCAACAAGAACAUCGAUGUCAGGGACGCAGAGUCCUGCAGCCGGGUGACAGGGGAGUGCCUCAGAUGUCUGCACAACACCCACGGGCCACGCUGCCAGCUCUGCAAACCAGGGCACUUUGGAUCUGCCCUCAAUCAGACCUGCAGAAGAUGCUCCUGCCAUCCUUCAGGAGUGACCCCCACCACAUGUCCCCCUGGUGGGGAAGCUUGCCUCUGUGACCCCAUCACAGGAGCAUGCCCUUGUCUGCCACAUGUCACAGGCCUGGCCUGUGACCAUUGUGUUGACGGACACUGGAACCUGGUCCCUGGCAGAGGAUGUGAGCCAUGCAACUGUGACCCCCACACCUCUCGAAGCAGCCACUGUGACCAGCUUACAGGCCAGUGUCCAUGCAAAGCAGGCCACGGUGGGACAAGCUGCAGUGAGUGUGCAGACAAUUAUUACAGAGACCCAUUGGGGCAGUGCAUCCCAUGUGACUGCAAUAAGGAAGGAGCUCAGAAGCCCGUCUGUGACCCACACACAGGCAUGUGCCGCUGCCGGGAGGGUGUCGGCGGCCAACGGUGUGAUCGCUGUGCCUGGGGUCAUGGCCAGGAAUUUCCUGCUUGCCUUCCAUGUCACUCCUGCUUUGAUCAAUGGGGCCGAGCCAUUUCUUCCCUCUCCAAAGCAGUGCAAGGGUUAAUUGGGCUAGCUGCUAGCAUGGGAGAUCCAAAAGAGAGCCCGCCUGGCUGCGAGGUGGACUUCAAAGGCCUCAGAGAGAACAUGUCUGCCAUAGAGGAGAUCUUGAGACAUCCUGUUUUCUUAGAUGGAGAAUUGUUAAAAGUCAAGGAUUACUAUGGUUCUACAAGAACACAAAUCAUGCAACUCCAAGAACAAAUGCAGACAGUGUAUGGAGCACAGGAUCUGAAGGAGACCAUAGCAAGAAUGAGGGAUGAAACAGACCUCUUACUUGAGAACCUUCAGGAGGAAAUGGAUUUGCAGUCCAGUGUCCUUAACGCGAGCACUGUGGACUCCUUAGAAAAUAUCACAAAGUAUUAUCGUAUAUCAUCAGCUGCUGAAAAGAAAACAAAUGAAGCUACCACCACCAUCAAUGACUCUGAAAAGACCAGGAGCAGCUUGCUCACCAUUCUAGAUACACUGACCUCAAAAGAAAAUUUGUUGGAAAAAUUAAAGCAGGUUAAGAUACCAGAUAUCCAAAUACUGAAUGAGAAGGUGUGCGGGGAACCAGGGAACCUGCCCUGUAGUCUCUCGCCAUGUGGGGGCGCUCUCUGCACCAGCCCCAGAGGACACAGGCGCUGCGGUGGCCCCAGUUGUCAUGGCGCCCUGACCCUCUCAAGGAAGGCCUUCCAGCAAGCCCGGGAAGCCGAGUCUGUGAUUCAGAAUUUGGACAACCAGGCUCAAAGGUUGAAGAAUCAGAUCACAAAUAUAAGUAAACUGGCAGAAGUUUCAAAAAAUAAUACCUUACAGUUGAGUGAGAAACUGGAAAAUAUGAAAAACCAAAGUGAAUUUGAGAAAGAAGAAAUGAAUCUCUUAAUCAAGAAAGUGAAAACAUUUUUGUCAGAGGAAAGCGUGCCUCCAGAGGACAUAGAGAAGGUUGCGAAUCACGUACUUGACAUCCACCUUCCAGCAACGUCACAAAAUCUAACCCAUGCACUUGACAAAAUACAGAAACUUAUGCAACUCUGUGAGGACUAUGGAACAGAUGAGAGGAGGUUAAAGAAAGCAGCGGGUGAAGUCCACAGGCUUCUGGUGACGGCCAAAGAAGCUCAGAAAGCCGCAGAUGGUCUAUCAAACCUUGACAGAACAUUAAACAAGUUGCAACGAGCUCAGAUCACUCAAGGACAGGCGAACUCCGCUGUCGCACAGCUGACUGCUGAGAUGACACAAAUGGCAAACAAUCUACUGCAGGCUGAAAAGCAAGCCAAGGACAUGAAGAACCAGCUGGACUUAGCAAAGCGCCGGUCAGCGCUGGAGGACGGGCUGUCCCUGCUGUGGACACAGUGGCAGAGGACCCGGGAGCAAGCAGGCCGGGCAGAGGACGAGGCUGAAUCUGCCCUACGCCAGGCUGGGGGCACCGAGAAGGCCUUUGUCAAGCUCAGAAAUCAGUAUGCCGCCCUUCAGCAGAAGACAAGCGCUGCUGGACUGAACAAGGAAACCAUAGGAAGACUCAAUCGACUCAAAGACGCUGCAGCGAAACUGGCCGGGGACACAGAGGACAAGAUACAGAGAAUAGCAGAUUUAGAAAAGAAGAUCAAAGGCUUGAGUCUAAGCAGACAAGAAAAAGAUGAUCAACUGAAACAAUUGGAAGAUCAAGUUGUUGCCAUUAAAAAUGAAAUUGUGGAGAAAGAAAUGAAUUAUGCCACCUGCUAUAAUUAGGCAGAGCUCAAGUGCAAAAGCUGGUGCUGUGUUGACAGCAUCUGACGCCCACACCAGGGAGCUGUGCUGAGCUGGUGAUUCACUAAGGCCAGCCCCUCCACCCACCCGCGCCCACACCCGCUCCUCACCGUGGACCUGCUCAGCGUGGCUGGAAGGAGGAACUGGGUCAGAGAAAUGUCACAUUGGUGCCACUUCAUACUGCACACAGGAAAGGAAUGAGAUUGUCGCUGGCUUCAAAAACCCUUCCUCUUAGUCUUUUUCCUUUCUCCAUAAUAAAAAUAAUCAGGGGCUGGAGAGAUGGCUUAACAGAUAAGCACUUGCCUGUGAAGCCUAAGGACGCCGGUUUGAAGCUCGACUCCCAGGACCCACAUUAGCCAG